AAGCUGGGAGGGCCUGGGCCGAGGCACCGAGGGCUGGGCGAUGUUUGGCCGCGCGGACCCCACCAGCCGUUGUCCUGGGGAGACAGGAGAGGCUCACGGGCUAGGGGGCCCUGCAGGGAAACUUGGGCUGCUGCAGCCCCCAGCUGGAGUCGGGUCCAGGCCCUGUCAUGCCCUCCUGCAGGUGGGCCUGGCACUGCCAGCUCUGGGCUCUCCCCUGCCCUAGGAGUCCAAGCUCAGCAGUUAGUUCUGGUGCAGCUGCCCUCGCGGGGGGCCCGUGGCUAAUGGGCCCAGAGAAGGGCUGUGGCAGGCAGUGGGUGUGGGCCUGUCUGCCUGGCCCAGAGUGGGGAUCCUGCAGAAAGGCAGGGCUGGCAGCCAAGGGGCACAGCUGGACACACCUGAGGCUGUUUACCUGGAGAGUGAGCAAGGCUGGAUGGCAUCAGCCCCACUCCCUGGCUGAUUCCGAGGGCUGGCCUGGGCGGCAGGGGAGGGCCAGUAUAAAGGUCCCAGCGCUGCUGAAGCACGGCACUUGCCAGAGGAUAAUUGCACAGUGCCCUACCUGUUCCUCGGUGCCAGCGGCGUGAGGCACGAUGAAUUGGGCAGGCCUCUACACAGUGGUGAGCGGCGUGAACCGCCAUUCCACUGCCAUCGGCCGCAUCUGGCUUUCUGUCAUCUUCAUCUUCAGGAUCAUGGUGCUGGUGGUAGCAGCUGAGAGUGUCUGGGGGGACGAGAAAUCUGCCUUCACUUGCAACACACAGCAGCCAGGCUGCAACAGCGUCUGCUACGACCACUUCUUCCCCAUCUCCCACGUGCGCCUGUGGGCCCUGCAGCUGAUCCUGGUCACCACACCCGCCCUGCUAGUGGCCAUGCACGUGGCCUACCAGCAGCACCAGGAGAAGAAGCUGCUGGUGCUGACGGGACACGGCGACCCCAAGCACCUGGAGGAGGUGAAGAAGCACAAGAUGCGCAUCUCGGGCUCUCUGUGGUGGACGUACAUCUGCAGCGUGAUAUUCCGACUCCUCUUCGAGGCCGUCUUCAUGUACAUCUUCUAUAUGAUCUACCCUGGUUACCAGAUGAUCCGGCUGGUCAAGUGUGAGGCCUACCCAUGCCCCAACACCGUCGACUGCUUCAUCUCCCGGCCCACCGAGAAGACCAUCUUCACUGUCUUCAUGCUGGCCACCUCGGGCAUCUGCAUCAUCCUCAACAUGGCUGAACUGGUGUACCUGGUGGUGCGGGCCUGUUCCCGCCGGGCCCAGCGGGACUCCAACCCCCCGUCGGGGAAGAGCUCCUUAUACGGCCACAAGCUCUCCACCGAGUACAAGCAGAACGAGAUCAACCAGCUGCUGACAGAGCAGGACGGCUCCCUCAAGGACAUGCUGCGCCGCAACCCUGGGCUACAGGAGAAGAGCGAUCGCUGCUCCGCCUGCUAGAGGCACCAGCCCCACUGGGUGGGGGCUCUGCCACGGCACACAAGGCCCUUACCCCUCCACCGGGAGCCAUGGAGGGCAGGCUCUGGAGGGAGACGAAGAGUAUUGAACGGAGCCUGUUGGUACACUCAUGACUGCCUGAGCUCCGGCCCUAGGACACUGCCAGCUUGUGCACAGGUGUCGUGCCGAGCCCUUCACCCCGCACUGCCAUGGGCCCACGGCCAUGCACAAGCCCAGUCAUUUUCACACCCUGAAACCCGUUAGAAAGGCUGGGGCGGCUGCAGAGCUCUCGAUAUUUGCCUUAAUUCACUGAGUGAUGUCCCCCAAGCCCCACCAGUGCCCCCAACAGAGGCCCUGUCUCCUGCAGGGAAAGGAGCCAUCCCCACUGGGGGGCCCAGCCCCCAGGGGCUGCUGAGACAGAGGACACCAGGUGCGGCCUGGCAAUUGGAGUGUCAGAAAUGUCGGCCAUUAAAGCUGAGUUUUCAGGA